CCAGCCAGCCUCUCAGAGACCUCAUUCAAACUGCCAGUUUGUCCCUGUGUCGACAAAUAAGAGACCAACAAUUGUGGCAUCACCAAAACAAGGCAAGAGGUGUGGGGCACAACACAGACUAUUGUUAGAAAGUAGCAAAAACAAGUGCUGUGUUUAGGUGCUACACUUUUUGAAGCUCAUCCCAAAGAGCUAAUCCAUGCUAGCAUGCUGCCACGUGUGAAGAAAAGGCCAAGGGCAGUUGAGGCUGGUGCUCGGGGUCAGGAAGAGGUCAAGUUCAAUGAGGUGACGGUGUACCUGGUGGAGAGGAAAAUGGGCAGCAGUAGAAGGAGCUUUCUGACCAGCCUGGCCAGGUCAAAAGGCUUUAGAGUGGAAUAUGCCCUCAGUGAUGAGGUCACCCACGUGGUGGCAGAGGAUAACCAGGCUGGGGCAUUGUGGGCGUGGCUACGGGGGAGUGGUCUGAGGGAUGUCUCCAGACUGCAGGUGCUGGACAUCUCCUGGUUCACGGACAGCAUGAGAGAGGGGAGACCUGUCACUGUGGAGACCAGUCACUGUAUUCCGGAUACUUCAUCCACAGUGACAGAAUGUUCUCCACCCACUGCUGCUGCCAACGUUUCUCAAUACGCUUGUCUGAGACGGACAACCACGGAAAAUCACAACAAGAUAUUCACGGAUGUGUUGGAGGAGCUGGCGGAGAAUUCUGAGUUCAAUGAAAGUAAGGGUCCAUGUCUGGCAUUCCGGCGAGCAGCCUCAGUCCUGAAGAGUCUGCCAUCAGCAGUGCACUGUCUGGGGGCCAUCCAGGGCCUCCCCUGCUUGGGUGAGCACACCAAGGCUGUCAUGGAGGAGAUCCUUAUAUUUGGCCGCUCCUUUAAAGUUGAAGAGGUACAGAGUGAUGAACGAUAUCAGGCACUUAAGCUGUUCACCAGUGUGUUCGGGGUUGGACCCAAAACUGCUGAGAAGUGGUACCGCAGAGGGCUGCGCUCACUCAAGGAGAUUCUGGCUGAGCCCAACAUCCAGUUGAACAGGAUGCAGAGAGCUGGUUUCCUGUAUUACAGGGACAUCUCCAAGGCUGUCAGUAAAGCCGAGGCCAAAGCUCUUAGAAGCAUCAUUGAAGAGACUGCCCAUUGGAUCGCACCCGAUUCUAUACUGGCUCUGACAGGUGGCUUUCGCAGGGGGAAGGAGUACGGGCACGAUGUGGACUUCCUGUUGACCAUGCCUGAGAUGGGAAAAGAAGAGGGGCUACUGCUUCGUGUGAUCGACAGACUUAGAGACCAGGGCAUUCUGCUAUACUGUGAGCACCAGGGCUCCACCUUUGACAUGAGCAAGCUGCCUAGUCGCAGGUUCGAGGCCAUGGACCACUUCGAGAAGUGCUUCCUGAUCCUGAGACUGGAGGAGGGACAGAUGGAGGGGGAUGGAGGGCUGCAGAAGGACCCAGGGGAGAGCAGGGGCUGGAGGGCCGUACGGGUGGACCUGGUGGCAACACCUGUUGACCGCUAUGCCUUUGCCCUCCUGGGCUGGACCGGCUCCAGGCAGUUUGAGAGAGAUCUGAGGAGGUUUGCCAGGAAGGAGAGGGGGAUGUGUCUUGACAACCACGCCCUGUAUGACAAAACCAAGAAACUAUUCCUACCGGCAACUUCAGAGGAGGAUAUCUUUGCCCAUCUGGGUUUGGAGUAUGUGGAGCCCUGGCAGAGAAACGCAUAAGCAUGUUUCCCUCACAGACACCCAUACAAUACCACCUUGGCUACAUACAGUACAUCACUCCCAUCUGUCUUACCCGCUCGGCUACACACUACUGCAAUCUCAUUUCAAAGAGCCUAAUCUGGGUUGAUUUCUAUACUUGUGUUCUGUUGUUGGACUAGAUGCUGAUGCAUGAUUCAUCAUUUUAGUCUUUUCAUCAUGCCUGGCUGCUUUCUGUUAGCCUCUUAGCGAGUAAACAUUCUGCUCUGUCAUUCACAACACACUUUUCUCUGAGCAUUCUUGUCUAUGUGACUGAUACAAAGCUAAAUCAACAAAUGAAUUGCCUGUGGUGGCUGCGAGGUAAAAAGGGAGAGAGGAGAGGGGUAUAAGCGUGGGCGAGAGAGAGAAAGCCUCAUCGAGAAAAAUGGUUGUAAUCAACCUCCUCCUGGCAGGAGAGCGCUCAGCACGAACCGGUGCCAAGCCUCCUGGGAAUGGAGAGGUGGGUAAUGAGCUGCAGAUAGGGGAGCAUUCAGCAUCCCCGUUUAGCCUCCGUUUGAGCCUCCACAUCCACUGGAGAUCAUUUAGCAACCGCUCGCAACAGCUACAGCCUUCUCCGCUCAGUCCACUGUCACAAUCAAUCCCUUUCCCGGGCACAGGACUGAAUUGUGCUGAUUAAGGCCAAUCAACUGAGCUGGACAAGCUGCAGUGACCAGGGUUCAUAUGACAAGUCAGCUCACAUUGUAAAUGCAAUGUUGGUUAUUAAGAUAGAUGUUGACACUUGCAAACAUUUAUCCCAAUAUACAGUAACUUAGUAAGUGUGGCCGUUUUAAUGGCCUCUUGUUAGGAAGCAUGGCAUUAUUCUUCCCCACGGUAGCUUUGAGGGACAUACAGAUUCAUCUGCUUGAGAUAUACUGUAAUGGCCUGCUGUCCUGUCCGCAAUCUCGCCCAGUUUCCCCACCUGAUGCUCAGGUAAAGCACAUCCCAUGGUAUCUCCGAAAGUGCAGAUAUACUGUACGUCACUGGGGCUAUCGCAUCCAUGUGAAGAACCCUAUUUAAAGAUCUUUAAGUAGAGCAUCCCAGGCACAUUGAGGAGUCGACCCCAGGGCCUAGCUCUCACUCCCUUUACCCUCUUUCCCCUAUCCAGGCUGGUCGGUCAAACAGAGAGAUUGAGCUCACAGUUUCAACAUCACUGUGAAGGUCCAGUUGAGGAAGCGUAACUAAUACUGCACGGACAAAUACUUUUAAAGCUGUGAUGUCUUCAGUAAUUACUAUGGGAUUUAGUCCUAACAUCUAGGAUUUAAAUCCCAUUCGAUCUGACCUGAAAUGGUCCUGUCUGCCUUAACAAUUGAAGAGGAGUGCUCCCACAUAUCACACACAUUUAAGUGUGUUUUCUGUGGUACAAGGUGAGGAAUAUACUAAAAGUACACAAAUGUGACAGACCAUUCAACAGACUCUCAUUGCUACCGCCAGUGAAAUAAACUGUUAACUGUUAUUAUAAUAUGUUCAGAACCUCAAUAAACAAAAUUACAAGGGAGCAUCAACCAAUUAUCCAAUCCUGAAAAUGCAUGUUGUCCAGGGCCCAGUGCUUCAAAAGUAAUCUGAUCAGAUUUUGGCAAUCGCUUAGAAUGAAAUCCAUAGAAAUAGAAUGAAUAGAACAGGCGUCCCCAUUAGUUGACUAUACCAAAGUAAGGUUGUGGUCAAUAAACAGUGGUACAGUGCAGUAUCAACUCUUCAAUAAAAUCAUUCAGUAAAUCUGGAUUAAAAUAAUUACAAUAGAAUAGCAACCAGGUGGUCUUUGCACGUGAAUUCAGCACUACACGUGUAAUAACCUUGCAUACUACCAUUCUGUGCACCUGUUUCAGAUCAUUUAAUAUGAUAAUAAAAAAUUCAAUGAAUUGAAUUCAAAAUAAAAACGUAAAAAUAAAGACUUCCCCUCUGUGUUAUUGGCAUACAGGUAAAACUGCUCAAAUAAAGGAAACAGUUGAGUAAAUGAGGGAUACAAAGUAUUUUGAAAGCAGGUGCUUCCACACAGGUGUGUGUGUGUGUGUGUGAGUGCGUGCGUGCGUGCGUGCGUGCGUGCGUGCGUGCGUGCGUGCGUGCGUGCGUCAGUCAGUCACCAUAUCUCAAACCAAUUGAACACUCAUGGGAGAUUCUGGAGCCGUGCCUGAGACAGCGUUUACCACCACCAUCAACAAAACAUAAGUAUGGAAUUUCUCAUGGAACAAUGGUGUCGCAUCCCUCCAAUAGAGUUCCAGACACUUGUAGAAUCCAUGCCAAGGCUCAUUGAAGCUGUUCUGGCAGCUCGGGGUGGACCAAUGCCCUAUUAAGACACUUCAUGUUGGUGUUUCCUUUAUUUUGGCAAUUACGUGCAUUUUGGCAAUUUGGCAAAUUCAUGACUUAAAUGAUGUGUG